AUGGCACAUGUAAAUGCACUAACAACAGUUUCUGAGAAAUUUUUUACUCCUUUGACCUCUCUCCAGAUGGCCUCAGUAAAGGUGCAAGCUGAAGAGCCUGAAAACUCGAAAUCAGGGAAUCCUGACUCGACUCGCCGAGCCCAAGACAAGGAAUCGACGAGUCAAAAAAAUGGCUAUUCUUUAAAGCUUUACCGACCUCCUUUGUCAUUUCCGAGUCAAGCCAUACCUGGUGAACAGAUUCUAGAGUAUAAGAAAUUUAUGGAGCAUAUAAAGGCCCUUCAAGUGAAUAUUCCGUUUAUUGAAACGAAACUUCAAAUCCCGAAAUAUGCAAGCUUGUUAAAGAGUCUCUUUACAUCUAGAAAAGAUAUGGCAGAAGUGGCUGAAAUAGUAUGGAAUGAGUUGCCAGCGAAUAGGGGAGAUCUAGGAAGCAUCACGAUACCUUGUCAAUUUGGAAAUAUAACUGCCACUUGUGCAUUGACUGAUUCGGGGGCAAGUAUAAAUAUUAUGCCAUAUUCUUUCUUCAAAAAGCUAGACUUGUCGGACCCAAAACCUAUCCGUAUGACAAUCCAUAUUGCCGAUAAAUCAAUAAUACGUCUAAGAGGAGGGUGCAAAGAUUUUCUCAUCAAAGUUGAUAAAUUUCUUUUCCCUGCUGAUUUCGUAGUGCUAUACAUGGAGGAAGACCUUAAAGUUACAAUUAUUCUUGGGAGGCCUUUCUUGAAUACCGCUUGUGCUAUAGUUGAUGUGUGA